AUGGACAUAUUGAAGGAGUUUAUUGAACUGAAUGUAUGCACCACUGGUGAUUUUAAAGGAGCAGCUGAUGGAGUGAAGAAAGCAAUAGCUGGCAUGGAUUUGCUGGUAAAAGUGGAAGUGGCUGGCGAAGUAGAGGCGAGCUAUUUGAAGUAUGUGCAAAAUUUGUGUGUUACGAAUCCGGUCGUGUUUGAUGUUUCACCCGAACUAAACGGACUAGAAAGAGCAUGCAUGAUGAUAUCAUUUGACGAUUACGAGCAUAUUGACCUUUCGAUGUAUUGCUUGAGGCAUGAGAUUGUUGGAUGUGUACCAAGCAACAAUGGAGUUGGUGAUGAUGAUCCGGUUUUGAUCGUUAGAUGCAAAGGGAGUUUGCGAGAAAAGAUGCAUGUGUAUUGUGCACGCGAGUAUGUGUUUUAUAACGAGAUGGCGGAGUCUUUGAGUGUUAAGGAGCAAUGCGUUCUUCUUGUAGAGAUGAUAAGGAUUGCGAAUUUGGAGAAAUGCGAGGAUCUUAGAAGAUUGAAAGUGCAAGCAUACAUUGAUAGAAUUAUGUUUCCAGCGAAUGAAAAUAGUGCUAUGAUCAAUAGAAUAGUUGAUUAUUACAGAAUUAAGAUAAUGGGAGAGGUUCUAGAGCCUGAGUUUGCAAUGAAUGGCUUGGAAGCUGAUCUUGAGCAUGUGUUUGAGUUUCCACAUGUGUUUCGGUGUGAUGUUGAACUGCAGAUGGGAGAGAUGUACUUCAACGACCUUUCAUAUGCAAAGGCUCUUGGGUAUUUUGAAAAGUACCAUGACAUUAUAAAGACGAUUAAAUGUCUGGCUGCCUUGAAUAGAAAUGAAGAGGCAAUUGGCAAAGCCAGGAUGGAGUUGAGGAAUUUAAAAGGCAAUGCAUAUAGUAAUAGGAUCAAGGCAUGCAAUUUAAUGAUUAUUCUUGGAGAAAUGACAGGAAAUGAGAACUACUUUGACGAGGCAUUUGAAGUGUAUCGUUCAUAUGAACCAUUGAAAGCCAAAGGGAUGUUUUUUUUCCGCAGCAAGCAGUUUGAAAAGGCAAUAUGUGCGUUUGAGCAGACGCUUAAGUUGGUUCCGCACAAUGUAGAAGUGCAGUUUGUGUAUGCAUGCAGUUUGACCUCUGCUCUGCGAUUUGAGGAAGCAACGGAUGUCUAUGAGAAGCUGGUUGCUGAUGAUCAGAAGAAUGUAAUGUUUUUAAGGAACUUAGCGAUGUGCAGAAUACAGCUUGAUGAUAUGAACAAGGGGCUUAGUGCACUAAAAGAAGCAGCUAGAUAUGAUGGAGGGAUGAUGCAAGCGUAUUUGCUGAUGUGCAUCAAGUACAAGAUUGAAGCAGAGAUAAGAUAUUCGUUAGAGAGGGUGAGCUGGUUUGAUGAGCUGGAGGCUGGCUUGAUGUAUGUUGUGCAGGAGAAGAUACUGAGUAUAGACGAAGUGUUAUUUGCGUUAAAGCGGAAUGCAAGGAUCAGAGAAGAGGCAGACGAAUUGAUCAAGAAAGUCGAGUUGAUGAGUGCAGGCUAG